ACUCCACUCAGAGUUGCAGAGGGCCUGGUCUUGAAGGCUGCCAGAAUAAAAGCUCUGGCCUCUCCAUGAUCGCGGCUGGUGUUGUCGGUGGGCUGCUGGCUGUUCUUAUUGCAGGCCUGUCUGUGUUUGUGUUGAUGCGCCGACGCCACAUCAAGAGGAAGAGAACGACGCGCAGACUUCUGCAAGAGAGAGAGUUGGUUGAACCCCUAACUCCUAGUGGAGAAGCACCAAACCAGGCUCUGUUGCGAAUCCUGAAGGAACCCGAAUUCAAGAAACUCAAAGUGCUGGGCUCAGGAGCCUUUGGUACAGUUUACAAGGGCCUGUGGGUUCCAGAGGGAGAGGAUGUGAAGAUCCCUGUGGCCAUCAAGGUUUUGAGAGAGGCUACUUCACCAAAAGCAAACAAAGAGAUCUUGGACGAGGCUUAUGUGAUGGCCAGUGUGGAGCACCCCCACGUGUGUCGUCUGCUCGGCAUCUGCCUGACCUCCACAGUGCAGCUCGUCACUCAGCUGAUGCCGUACGGCUGCCUGCUGGACUAUGUCAGAGAGAACAAGGACAAUAUCGGCUCCCAGUACCUGCUCAACUGGUGUGUGCAGAUAGCCAAGGGUAUGAACUACCUGGAGGAGCGCCGCUUAGUACACCGUGACUUGGCAGCGAGAAAUGUUUUGGUGAAGACUCCUCAACAUGUUAAGAUCACCGACUUUGGUCUGGCCAAACUCCUCAACGCAGACGAGAAAGAGUACCAUGCAGAUGGGGGAAAGGUACCAAUAAAAUGGAUGGCUCUUGAAUCUAUCCAGAACCGAACAUACACACACCAGAGUGACGUAUGGAGUUAUGGCGUAACAGUUUGGGAGCUGAUGACAUUUGGGAGCAAACCGUAUGAUGGGAUUCCAGCCAGUGACAUAGCUGGGGUCCUGGAGAAAGGGGAGCGACUGCCUCAACCUCCAAUCUGUACCAUCGACGUCUACAUGAUCAUGGUGAAAUGUUGGAUGAUUGAUGCGGACAGCCGACCACGUUUCCGGGAACUUAUAGCUGAGUUUACAAAAAUGGCACGAGAUCCUUCUCGAUAUCUGGUCAUUCAGGGCGAUGAUCGCAUGCACCUACCGAGUCCUUCAGACAAUAAAUUGUACCGCAGCCUGAUCAGCGGAGAUGGCAUGGAGGACGCUGUGGACGCUGACGAGUACUUGGUGCCACAACAUGGCUUCUUCAGCAGCCCGAGCACCUCCAUCACCCCGCUGCUUCACUCCACAAGCCUCAACAGUAGCAUUGGAACGUGCCACGGCAGAAAUGGCAUAUUGAAUGGAUUCCCGAGCAGAGAUGGCAGCAUGGUCCUCCGAUAUAUUCCUGACCCCACAGACAAACUUUUAGAUGACGCCUUCCUACCAUCUCCAGAAUACAUGAACCAGAACGAAGUCUCUGAUGUGAUGAAUCCCAUCUACCAGCACCCGGGUCCUCCUCGCACCAUGCUGCCCACCAUCUCCUCAGACGACACAGAGUCAGAUUACCUGAACUGCUUUAAAAACGAGGCAACUGGACCCGAGUAUCUGAACGAAAUCCCGCUCCAAGCCACCCACCCACUCCACUCGAAUGGCACGGUCCACAGCGUUCAGAAAUACCAGCCACAGAAUAGCAUGGACAACCCGGAUUAUCAAUACGAUUUCACUCCCGCCUUCAAGACCCACGCCAACGGACACAUCCCAGCGGCGGAGAACGCAGAGUAUCUGGGCCCAGACUGAGGUCUUAUUGGAUACAGACAAUACGUUUCCUGUUCCAUUAAGGAAAGGCAUUGAUGUCUUGGAUGGGAAAACAUAGCUAAGUGGUACCAUCAAUUAUCAUUUAUGUUAAGUGACACUUGGCUGAGCUUUCCGUGUUGUUUGCAUGCAGCCACACAAAGCCCCUCUCGUUUCAAAGAGUUGUUCUUACUACAAAGGACUUUUUCUUGAUGAAAAUGGCACUCUUACAGGACUCAGUUAACCUGAGAGUUGCUGGAAAAAAAGCACUUCGUUCAUCUGUUGUAACCCCUGUCAGAAAGUAAAAAUCGCGUUUGAAUGUUAUGCACCAAAUGCUGCAAGUGAUCCUAAUGUGUCAGUGGAGGCAGAAGCUCUACUGCAAACAACAGCAACUGGCAGCUCAACCCCAAAAAAAACUAAGGUACAUGUGUUGCAGAAACAUUGGUUGUAUACGCAAGGGACACAGUGGUGCGCUCACUUGACACUGAAGUGAAGGCUUAGAGCGUUUCUCUGGGGUGACGGUAAGACGAUUAAAGGGUUUUAAGAGUAAAAUGCUGGCUGGACUGUUGGGGACCUCGGAGGCCUGACAAUACUCAUCCUGAGGGAUGAGUCAACGAGGAAACAAAAUGUUGCAAUGUACAGAAUGUAUAGUCAGUUUAAAUGGGAAACUGGUGAAAAGUUUAAAUAUGUUACUUUUAUGGUCUAAGACAGUUCUGUAUGAACUUAAAAUGGGUUGCUUCCUCAUUUAGAUGGAAACAAAAGAGUGCGUGAUAUCACACAAACUAUAAAAAUAAUGUAACGGUAAAUAGCAAUUGCUAUUGUUGUAUUUACACAUCUGUGUUUACAGUAGCUGUUGGAAAUUAGCAGGACCUCUGUGGCAUGGGCCAUAUUUAUGUGAACCCCAAAAGUGAAAAUCUGAGCUUUUUAUCAGUAUCGCACUUUAGUGUGUGUGCUUGUAAAAUGUUAUACUUGGGAAGCUACAGUAAAAAGUAAAGGGAAUAAAACGACCUCUGUUUAAAUGCAUAUCAAUAGUUGUACUUUGUGUAUGUUAUAUUUGUCCACUUGUUUGAAAAAUGCUGUUAGGACUGUCUUAGUCAUGUCAGUAAUGUGUUUAAAUUUUAGAUUAGAAGUGUUUCCCUGUAAACGUGAGUUGUUUUACAGACUAUGAAUAGUUUCAUGUCUGGUCAGAAACAAAUAUUUGUUCUGAUGUAUCUGUUUUAUUACCUGGAGACUUGUAUUUGUUUGAAUUUCUUUUUUUAACAAAAGUGUAUACAGUUGUUUCACGCCGGGUGUUGACACCAUAUCUAUGAAUUUGCUCUUAGCUUUUAAGUCUUUUAGUCUUGCAAGAGCAUUACAUUUGCAAAUAUUCUUCCUAGUUUUAAAGGAAAAUAUUAUUGUAGCAACAUGAAAGCCUACUUUUGCAGAUUUUACACAGGUACAUGUACAGAAAACAGAGAUUAUACUGUAAUAUACCCCAAAAUAGUCACCUAUAAUUUAUACACAGGGUUGUCACAUCAUACAUGAAUAUGCACUUAUUCCUGAAUUGUGAUCAUAUCAUUCAAAGGUGAACAUGAAUAAAUCUUUUUCUAUGGAAAUACCA